AUGAAGUACAUCCUGGUCACAGGUGGAGUCAUUUCUGGUAUUGGUAAAGGCAUCAUUGCCAGUAGUGUGGGAACCAUUCUCAAAUCCUGUGGCCUCCACGUGACGGCCAUCAAAAUAGACCCCUACAUCAACAUUGAUGCUGGAACCUUCUCUCCAUAUGAGCACGGUGAGGUGUUUGUUCUGGACGAUGGCGGUGAAGUGGAUCUGGACCUGGGAAAUUAUGAGCGUUUCCUGGACAUCAGACUCACCAGAGACAACAACCUGACCACCGGGAAGAUCUACCAGUCAGUGAUUAACAAGGAGAGGAGGGGGGACUACCUUGGCAAGACCGUCCAAGUGGUGCCACACAUCACAGAUGCCAUUCAGGAGUGGGUGGUGAAGCAGGCCAAGAUCUCAGUGGAUGAGGACGAGGCCGAGCCUCAAGUCUGUGUCAUAGAGCUGGGGGGGACAGUGGGGGACAUCGAGAGCAUGCCCUUCAUCGAGGCCUUCAGACAGUUUCAGUUCAAGGUGAAGAGGGAGAACUUCUGCAACAUCCACGUCAGCCUGGUCCCUCAGCCCAGUACCACAGGAGAGCAGAAAACCAAACCGACCCAGAACAGUGUCAGGGAGCUGAGAGGACUGGGCCUGUCUCCAGACCUGGUGAUGUGUCGUUGUGCGACACCACUGGAAAACUCUGUCAAGGAGAAGAUCUCCAUGUUCUGUCACGUAGAACCAACACAGGUGGUGUGUGUCCAAGAUGUGUCCACAGUCUACAGAGUUCCUCUGUUGUUGGACGAACAGGGCGUCGUCAGCUACUUCUGCCAGAGACUGAACCUGCCGGCCGACAUGAGGCCCAGAAAGAUGCUGACCAAGUGGAAGGAGAUGGCUGACAGGUCCGAUCGUCUUUUGGAGAAAGUUUCUAUUGCUCUGGUAGGGAAGUACACCAAGCUGUCCGACUCCUACACCUCCGUGGUCAAAGCCCUGGAGCACUCAGCCCUGGCAGUUAACCACAAGCUGGAAGUCAGGUACAUCGACUCUGCCGACCUGGAGCCCGCCAUGCUGCAAGAAGAACCAGUGAAGUACCACGAGGCCUGGCAGAAACUCUGCAGUGCUGAGGGGGUGUUGGUACCUGGAGGGUUUGGUGUGAGGGGAACAGAGGGGAAGAUGCUGGCCAUCAACUGGGCCAGGAAGCCCAGAGCCCCUUUUCUAGGUGUUUGUCUGGGCAUGCAGCUGGCGGUGUGUGAGUUUGCACGGAAUGUUCUACAGUGGGAUGAUGCGAACUCCACAGAGUUCAACCCUGAUUCACUACACCCUGUGGUGAUUGACAUGCCUGAGCAUAACCCAGGACAGAUGGGUGGGACCAUGAGGCUGGGGAAGAGAAGGACUAUAUUUAAAAAUGACAACAGUGUGCUCAAGAAGUUGUAUGGAGACGUGGAGUAUGUUGACGAGAGACAUCGACACAGAUUUGAGGUGAAUACUGAGUUCAAGCAUCACUUUGAAUCCAAGGGUCUGAAGUUUGUUGGUCAGGAUGUAGAAGGAGAGAGAAUGGAGAUCAUUGAACUGGAGGGACACAGUUACUUUGUUGGAGUGCAGUAUCAUCCAGAGUUCACCUCUAGACCCAUCAAACCUUCUCCUCCAUACUUUGGUCUCCUCCUGGCUGCUGCAGGAAAACUCCAGAGCUUCUUGUCCAAAGGCUGUCGUCUGUCUCCGCGAGAUACCUACAGCGACCGCAGUGGCAGCAGCUCUCCUGAAGCUGACAUUUCAGAGCUGAGGUUCCCCUCUCUGUAGCUGCAGCGUGUGGGUCCAACACCCAGGAGCCUAGUUUUGGUGACGCAUCAACCUGAUUUAAAAACAAAACACACAUUAAUGAGGUAAUUUUAUUUAGUUUUUUUUUUUAUCUAUAUACAGAAAUAUUACGAGGUGCUUUGUGUGUCACUUCUGGUUCUUUAGAGCCGAUGUAGAAAUUAUUACAGACAGUUGUUAAAGUUGUGUGCAAACUGACAGAAGCUUCUCUGACACUGAGUGGGAAAUUGACAUGUAUAGAUAAAUACACAACAUUCAUGUCUGGUUAGAUACUGAAUCAAAGAAAGAAGUCUGUUUCCAUGUAGUUUGUUAAUUUUUUUUUUAAGUCAAGCAUUGUACAUUUUCUUUGACAUCUAAGACACUGAGCUGAAGACUCACUCUUGCAUGUCCUCAGUGUUUUUAAUACAUGUAGUCAAUCACUUUUAUCCCUAUACUUGGACUCGUUGGGUUCAUGGUGACUCUGGUACUGCAACAGCUGGAGACUGUUGACUAUGUGAACCAUGUACAGGUGGAAAAAAUAUUCUGUGUCUGCAUCAGAAAAGUGUCCUAUAAAAUCUUCAGUGUUUUGAGACCAAGCUGCUCCAAACCAGGCUGUACAGGGUGAUGGUGUGGCUCAGUGUUCAGAAGCACUGUCUUCAUGGUUCUGUCCACUCAACACAGACAUUUACGUCAUGAAUGUUGUUUUAACUCUCAGGGUCAAAAUACUCUUGUUUGACAACCACAUGAUUUUGGUUGUAUCUUUAUGGACCUGAUGUGGAGUCUGAAUGAAGCAGGAGCAGCAGUGGUCAUGUGAUUGGGCUCCCUGUAUUUUUUUUUUCUUAUUAAUUUUUUAAAAGAUAAUUAAAUGUUUCUGGCUGUUCGUACUAACAACCUGUGGUGUUGUACGCUUUUAUUCGUGACCCCAUUAGUUUUAGCACGUUCUUUUUUAAUGUCCGCUAUGUAAAGUGAAAAUACGAUGAUGCUGUCAUCAUAUACCGCUAUCAUUUUUGAGCGACCUGUUGUUCAUGUACAAAAAACAACAGCUGUGCUUAAAUAAUGAAACAGAAUCUUUCGUCUGAUCCCAGAGCAGCUACAGCCAUAUGUAAGGAAACUGCUCAAGUACCUCCAGAUUUCAUCACUGUUUUUACUUUGACUCCAUGGAUUAAAACUCAUUGCAUUCAUGUUUAUAUUUAUGUCUAAUGGAAAUGUAUGCGGUUACAAUAAAAAUGGUUUCACCUGA